AUGAGUCCUAAACACGUCAUCUUUAAGAAGUUCUCUCGAGACAAGGCUGUGGGCGUGUACAUGGGAAAGAGGGAUUUUGUAGAUCACUGUGACCAUGUGGAUCCUGUAGAUGGCGUUGUGCUUGUUGACCCUGAACUGGUCAAAGGGCAAAAAGUGUACGUCAUGCUGUCGUGCACAUUCCGAUAUGGACGGGAUGACAUGGAUGUCAUGGGAAUGGCAUUCCGACGGGACAUCUUCCUGACCACGCGGCAGGUGUACCCCCCACUGGAGGACAAGGAGCGAAGCACACACACCAAACUACAGGAGAAACUGCUGCGCAAACUGGGAGACAAUGCAUACCCCUUCUUCUUCGAGUUCCCUGAUAACCUGCCAUGUUCCGUGGCUCUGCAGCCAGCGCCCACUGACGUAGGGAAGCAAUGCGCCGUGGAGUUUGAGGUGAAGGCGUUCUGCGCUGAGAACCAGGAUGAAAAGAUCCAGAAAAAGAGAUCAGUGCGCUUGGCCAUUAGGAAGGUCCAGUAUGCACCUGAGAAGGGAGGCCCCGCCCCCUCCGCUGAGACCACCUGUGAGUUCAUCAUGUCUGAGAAACCCCUGCACAUGCAAGUUAGCCUGGAGAAGGAAACAUAUUAUCAUGGAGAGCCAAUCAACAUCAGCGUCCACAUUACAAACAGCUCCAGCAAAACUGUUAAAGACAUCAUGGUCUCAGUCGAACAGAUAACCAACGUGGUCCUCUACUCCAACGAUAAGUACGUCAAGACAGUGGCUUCUGAGGAGACCACAGAUACAGUCCCAUCAGGCACCAUCCUAAAGAAAAUGUACACCCUCUGUCCCCUGCUGGAGAACAACCGUGAGAGACGAGGCCUGGCGCUGGACGGAAAACUGAAGCACGAAGACACCAACCUGGCUUCCUCCAGCAUUGUGAAAGAGGAGGUGCUGAAGGAGGUUUUGGGAAUGCUGGUGUCAUACAGGGUGGCAGUGAGAUGCAUUGCUGCAGGGAUGAUCGGGUCCAGUGAGGUUGCUGUGGAGGUACCAUUCCGUCUCAUGAAUCCCAAACCUGAUCCAGUUAAAGACAGUGAGGCUGAGGUGGAUCUUGUAUUCGAGGAGUUUAAGCGGUCUUAUCUGAAGGGCAUUAUUGGCGAUGAUGAGGACUCUCCAGUUGAUGCAUGA